AUGCGGAGGUGUCAGCAGUGCAGUCGGUCGCUCGAGAGCGAGCUGCUCAGUGCUCCAGUAUUGGGUGAGUCUUAUGUGUUGCUCCCCACUGCCAGCGCUUCGCAGAGUAUGUUGCUACUACAGAAACUACCGGCGACUUCCGCGACGCCGCCUGAGAUGGGCGAGUCUGGUGCCUUUGGAGAGGACUUAUACGCCAGCGCACGCUACAACCUAUCGCUCCAGCAGCAACAUCAACAGGAACAAAGAAGACAGCAGGCCCAGAGGAGACAUAAGCUAAAGCAACGACAGCGACGCCAGCAGCAAAGGAUGAAAGACAGUUUCACCGCUUCUGGGCGGUAUUUUGAGGCUCACGUGGGACACACUAGUCUCGAUGAGGAGAAUGCAGAGUUGGAGGACAGUAUGGUGGCUGUGCCCACCUAUGCAGACUUGAGUCACCACGUGCAGCUGCUAACGACGCAACAGGCUCAUUGCGCUGGUCUUCCCGUGACGACACCAGUUUGCAAGGAAUGCAUGGACGGCAUGGUCACGAUGAUCGACGGCCAAGCUGAGCGUGCCCGAUACGAGAAGCGCUGCUUCACAAGUUACCUCCACAACACGACCAAUACUACUAUCCACAGUGAAGAUAUCGAGCACAUUGACGACAAGAUUCGCUUUUAUGAGAAUGAGCUGAAUGCAUUGGAAGAGAGUCUGGAGUUGAUGGAGAGCGAACGUGAAGCGAUUGCUCAGCAGCAAGAAGCGAUGCACGAAGAGGAGAAGGCUCUCAUUUACGAGGAAGCAGGGCUAUGGGGCCAAUUCAAUGGAUUGCAAUUGCAAGAAACUGUGUUCCAAGAGAUCCGGGACGCAGGCACGGCACAAAUCGAUGCAAUGGAGCGGAAGGUGGCGUCGGCCAAGCAUUUGAAUAUUCUAACAGACAUGUUUGUUAUCGGCUAUGAUGGCGCAUUCGGCACCAUCAACCAGUUCCGCAUGGGUCAGUCAGCGGGGUCGACUUUGGAGUGGAACGAGAUAAAUGCUGCAUUCGGCGAGUGUGCGUUGUUAUUGCAGACGUUGGCGAAUAUGAUUGGCCUAGAGUUCCCCGACUUUAGGAUUGUUCCGCUGGGCAGCUUCUCAAAGGUGAUCCGGACGAGCAAUCUUCGCAUGGAGUACUCUUUACACGGUUCGGAUCAACAAAACUUCGCUGAGUCUCACUUCAACUUGGGGCUGGGUGCUUGGAUCACUUGUCUAGGCCAGCUGAUGGCGUUCGUUCGAGCCCGAGAUCCGUCCAUCCGACUGCCUUACAAGGUUGCUAAGCACUCUAUCGGGGGGUAUUCCGUUCUCUUCCUGAAGAACAAGCAGAAGGAGUGGACUAAGGCGCUCAAGUAUGCUCUAACCAACUUGAAGUGGCUACUCACAUGGGUCUCUGCUCGUGGAUACAGCAUCUCCUCCAGUUCUGUCGUCACGACAACUCCCAGCAAAGCUGCUCUUGCAUUUGCUGCUAACCCUCCCGUUAUGCGCACCACAGACGGCUCAAAGCAGAGUGUUGUCAUCAUGGAGCACUUCUCGUAAAGUUUUGUAUUUUAGACUAAAAUGAAUAUGUACAUGUGGCA